AUGAGCGUCACUCAUCCGUGUCUUCACAUCAGAGACAUCAACGACGCUCAUCGCGUUUUGCAAGCUGUUCGAAUGAACAUACUACCUAUUGUGAAACGGCGUCUGUCAAUUUCAGAGCGCAUGGGUCUGCGCAGCGGCAACGUAUUUGUCUGGGAGGAAUCGGACUCUGAGGAGGGUCUGUUGCGAUGGACAGAAGGUCGACGAUGGUCGCAGAGUCGAAUGAGAGGAGACUGUCUCAUUUAUGAAGAGAAGGUCCAAACAACUGAGGCAGAGAGGCGAGAGAAAGCCACACGAAGGGCUUUCAAGUAUUCCGACCUAUCUCAGGCAAUCCCACCUCCGCCAAAGCGUAAAGACAGACCCACGAAAAUAGAUGGGCUCACCAAACAUGCCUACUCAGUCACAGUCAAGCUGCCAAACCAGACUGCGAUAAAGAAAUGGCAUCUUGUUGCUUAUUUCUCGGCCCACGAGGCGUCAUUGCUUCCAGUUGUGGAGGACUAUAAUUAUCUGCGCGCGAUCGAAAUACCGCGGAACGUUUUUGGGGGACACAAUAGCAGAUCAUACGCCGGCGGCGGGUGCCUGGACGUCUUUCCCCGUCCCACCGAGCAUCCAAAUGCAUUUCACUACCGCGCGGUCUCGCGCGACAGUUGCGGGCCUCCGUUGUCACGGUCUCCUCAAUCACCUCCAACGCGAGUCUAUAACACCACAGACUCCAUCACCCUUCCCCCGAUGUCGCCCACCAUAACAUUCAAGGUGCCACUGCCACCACUCUCCUCACUAGGCUGCUUCCUCCCUAAGCCACGAGAUUGUUCUAUCGCAUCAGUUCCCGGUCUGUCUCAAGACGACCGUCGUGUCCUCGAGAAAUUUCGAGUUGUUAUCUGA